CGGAUGUUUUGAGUCUCCUGCUUCCACGCAGGCCUCCGGACGGGGCAGGAGACACCGACGUGUCUCUGACUCAUCCCCCAACCCGGCUGUGGUCCGGUAGCUCUGGACCGCCGCCCGCUCCCUGCUUCCUUGGGGUGAAAGAUUCGUUGAAAACCAUUUACGAUCAUAAAAGUUAGAUGACCAAGAUGGAUAUUCGGGGUGCUGUGGACGCUGCUGUUCCAACUAACAUCAUUGCUGCCAAGGCUGCAGAAGUUCGAUCGAACAAAGUGAACUGGCAGUCCUAUCUUCAGGGGCAGAUGAUUUCUGCUGAUGAUUGUGAAUUCAUUCAAAGGUUUGAAAUGAAAAGAAGUCCUGAAGAGAAGCAAGAGAUGCUUCAAACAGAGGGCAGUCAGUGUGCUAAAACAUUUAUAAAUCUGAUGACUCACAUCUCUAAAGAACAGACAGUUCAGUACAUAUUAACUAUGGUUGAUGAUAUGUUGCAGGAAAAUCACCAGCGAGUUAGUAUUUUCUUUGACUAUGCGAAACGUAGCAAGAAUACUGCUUGGUCCUAUUUUCUGCCAAUGUUGAAUCGCCAGGAUCUCUUUACAGUUCAUAUGGCUGCAAGAAUUAUUGCCAAGCUAGCAGCUUGGGGAAAAGAGCUGAUGGAAGGCAGUGACUUAAAUUACUAUUUCAACUGGAUAAAAACACAGUUGAGUUCACAGAAACUGCGUGGUAGCGGUGUUGCUGUUGAAACAGGAACAGUCUCUUCAAGUGAUAGCUCUCAGUAUGUACAGUGCGUUGCUGGGUGUCUGCAGCUGAUGCUUCGGGUCAAUGAGUACCGCUUUGCCUGGGUGGAAGCAGAUGGGGUAAACUGCAUAAUGGGCGUUUUGAGUAACAAGUGUGGCUUUCAACUCCAGUAUCAAAUGAUUUUUUCGAUAUGGCUCCUGGCGUUCAGUCCUCAAAUGUGUGAACACCUGAGGCGCUAUAACAUCAUUCCUGUUCUCUCUGAUAUCCUUCAAGAAUCUGUCAAAGAGAAAGUGACAAGAAUCAUUCUUGCAGCAUUCCGUAAUUUCUUAGAAAAAUCAACUGAAAGAGAAACUCGCCAAGAGUAUGCUUUGGCUAUGAUUCAGUGCAAAGUUCUGAAACAGCUGGAGAAUCUGGAACAGCAGAAGUAUGAUGAUGAAGAUAUCAGUGAAGACAUAAAAUUUCUUUUGGAAAAACUUGGUGAGAGUGUUCAGGACCUUAGCUCAUUUGAUGAGUACAGUUCAGAACUUAAAUCUGGAAGAUUGGAGUGGAGUCCUGUGCACAAGUCAGAAAAAUUUUGGAGAGAAAAUGCUGUGAGACUAAAUGAGAAGAAUUAUGAGCUCUUGAAAAUUUUGACGAAACUUCUGGAGGUGUCAGAUGACCCACAAGUCUUAGCUGUUGCUGCUCACGAUGUCGGAGAAUAUGUGAGGCAUUACCCACGAGGCAAACGGGUUAUUGAACAGCUUGGUGGGAAGCAGCUGGUGAUGAACCACAUGCACCACGAAGACCAGCAGAAUGAUUUUAGAUGUAAACAGCCUCUAAUUCAGAAGGAACAGUAUGUGCAUAUGGACAGCUCAGGACUUCAGGAGAGAAACAUUGACUUUUGGAAUAUCUUGGUAAACAGCUCCAAUCUGAGCAACCCCAGACUGCUGCUGCCCGAAGCUGAACUCUGGUCUUUUCAACCUGGACUCUCCAGUCUUCCUACUUCACCCGAGACAAGACACCUAGAGUGGGAAUCUCCAUAGUUAGAGUCAAUCAUAAAUACAUUUUUGUUUUACUUGUAAUUUUCUGAGGUUGUGUAGCUUUUGCUCUAUGCUGAUUUCUGAUAAAAAUAAAAGUGAUUGCGUGCUAAGUUGUGUAAAAGUAGGUACUUUCUGUGUUGAAAAUAUUAACUGUUACAUAUACUGCUUGUAAUUUCUGUAUUUAUUGGCCCAUGGGAAUGAAUCUAGUUAUUAAAGAAUUCUCACUCCAAUUUGUGUGUGUGUUUCUUACUCGGAGUUUAACAGAAGCCACCUGUUACUCCAACCAAAUUGGGAGAAUUGUUGCAAAGUAGGGAAUGGAAAAUGUCUUAAAAUUGUAUGUGUGUGUGUAUAUGUGUGUGUUUCUGUGU